CACUCUUUUUCUCUCUCCAAAGCCCUCCACUUUCUUCCAAACGUUUUCCUCGAACCAGUCCCCCAGUGUUGCUCUCUCUCUCUCUCUCUCUCUGAAACACCAACAAUAUCUAUCUACAACCAUAAAAAUUCUCUGUUAUCAGUCCAUUUUCCUACAUUUUGAUCUAAUUAGGGUUUAUCAUCAACUCCUUUGCUUUGUACAUCUCUUGGAAGACCCAUCUAUGACGUGAAAUCAAUCACAUUCAUUUUCAUUCUCUGUCUAUAUCUAAGUAAUCGAUUGUUGAUACACAUUGAUAUUAAUACAAGCUAAGGUUUGAGAAGAAAUGGAGAGAAAACAAGGGUUCUUUUCUGCUCUUAAAGAUGAGGUUGUUCGAGGUUUAUCGCCGGCGAGGUCACGAGCGAAGAGUCCAGCUCGGAGCGGGUCGCCGAUGUCGGGCCUGCUCAGGAGGAAGAAGAACAGUCAUCACUACGUGGCGAAUCCUGAGGCGCUGAUUGCGAGAUCUGGGAGUCUGAGGCCGCUGGGGGAGACGUUAACGCCGUUGAUGGAGGGUCCGGAUCCGAAUGGGGGAGAAAUUGGGGAGUCGAAGCGGGUCGGAUCGGGUUUGGGGCAGUGGAUGAAGGGGCAGCUGUCAAGGGCUCCAUCGGUGGCUUCCAAUGGGUUCAAGAGGUCUGAUCUGAGGCUGUUGCUUGGUGUUAUGGGUGCCCCCUUAUCCCCGGUGCACGUUAAUACCACUGACCCCUUGCCUCAUCUCAGCAUCAAGGAUACUCCCAUAGAGACGUCAUCUGCUCAGUACAUAUUGCAGCAAUAUACAGCAGCAUCUGGUGGGCAAAAGCUCCAGAACUCCAUUAGAAAUGCUUAUGCUAUGGGGAAGGUGAAGAUGUUGGCUUGCGAGUUUGAAACUGCUACAAGGGUUGUGAAGAACAAGAAUGCUGCCAGAGCUGCUGAGUCAGGUGGAUUUGUCCUCUGGCAGAUGAAUCCUGACAUGUGGUAUGUUGAGUUGGCAGUUGGUGGAAGUAAGGUUCAUGCAGGCUGCAAUGGGAAACUUGUCUGGAGGCACACUCCUUGGCUUGGUGCCCACACUGCAAAAGGGCCUGUUAGACCUUUACGUCGCGCCCUUCAGGGCCUUGAUCCGAGAACCACUGCCAGUAUGUUUGCCGAUGCCAGGUGCAUCGGUGAGAAGAAGAUUAAUGGAGAGGAUUGCUUCAUUCUUAAGCUUUGUGCUGACCCUCAGACAUUGAAGGCUAGGAGUGAAGGCCCAGCGGAGAUCAUAAGGCAUGUCUUGUUUGGCUACUUCAGCCAAAAGACAGGACUUCUUGUUCACAUGGAGGAUUCCCAUCUUACCCGCAUUCAAUCCAAUGGUGGCGAUGCAGUUUACUGGGAGACGACCAUCAAUUCUUUCCUAGACGACUACAGGCCUGUUGAAGGGAUCAUGAUUGCCCACUCUGGCCGUUCUGUGGUGACCCUUUUCAGGUUUGGCGAGAUGGCUAUGAGCCAUACCAAAACUAGGAUGGAAGAAGCCUGGACAAUUGAAGAAGUUGCAUUCAACGUUCCAGGCCUCUCACUAGACUGUUUUAUUCCCCCAGCCGACUUGAGAUCUGGAUCCAUCAGUGAAGCCUGUGAACUUCCUCAAGAUGAAAGGGCAAAGAGUGCAAUUUCUCUUGCAGCUCAUCGGGCAAAGAUUGCAGCGCUGGAGAAAUCACAUGAGAACAGCAUGGAUAAUGUGGUUUGGAAGAGCAUAAUCAUUCACAGAUCCUCUCUGGGCCUGGAUGAAGAUACUCUCCGUGCAGAAUCCAGCUAUGGAGUUGGAGCUUGUUUUUUCCAGUAAGGGAUGAAGCAAAUGGAGGUUUAGUUUUUAGUUUACCUUCCAUGAAAGGAGGAAGGUGGUGAAGCUUUGAUAGCAGAACCAUCGACCUUUUAAGGUGAUUCUACUAAUUCUGUUGCCUAAUAUACGGCUGUGGCAGUGAGAAGAAUACUGCUACAAGGGUUUGACUUUAGUGUCUCAGUUCUUUAAUUUUGCUAAGUUAUUGUGUGUCAGUUUUGUUGUGUGGUUGUUUUAUUGAUGAUAAAUUGGUUUCUUGGUGUAUGUGUUAGAACCAAGAUGUGUCUCAUAUGGAUUUCUGGAUUUUAGUGUGGCAUCUUGUCAUUGCUGCUAAGAAAACAUGUAAACAGAAACAUUGAGUCCAUCAGACAUUUAAUGCUUAUGAAUAUUACUGAUAAGCAUCUUUCUUUCUUCCUUUUCUUUUUUGGCCUCUUUGAAUUGUAUCAUUUCUUCGCCUUAAAUGUGAAAGCAGUACCUUUGUG